UUGCAGGUUGAGUCAGAAUUAGAGAUGCACCGAUAAAUAUUCUAGAUCUGAUGUGCCCAUCUAUUCAGACUAAUUCUAUGAUUCGUGCUCUGAACAAAUGUACCCAUUACCACAACAAAAGCCAACGCCUUCAGAAUAAUUUUGUUGUAUUUAUGUUUAGGCCUGUCGCGAUAAACAAUAAAUCAAUUAAUUGCACGAUAAAUGAAAACUAUCGACCUAAUUUUAAUUUAUCGGCUUUAUCGUUUCUUCCUGCCUUUUUCUCUUUCUAUUGAUGACACUGAAUGAAACACGGCUCAGCUCUGGUGCUCUCCACCCACCCCUCCCCUCUCUUCCUCAUUUUUUAGCGUAAGGGAGAAGUGAGCUAUAGUAUCAGGUAGUCGGGACGCACACCAUGUUGUACUUCUGCAGCUUUAGAGCCCUUGGGGAGUUAGGAAGCUAAAGAAACACUAUCUGAUAUUGGGGAAAAAAACUCCAAAUGGAGCUGGUUUCACAGCCGAACGCAACUGCAGCAGUGUGGGAGUAUUUCGGAUUCAAACCAAAUGACCGUGCGAACCGCGGAACCUUUGCGAGCCGGUAUGUCACGUUUGUCAUAAAACAGUAGCAACUAAGAGCAGCAAUACAACCAACUUACACCUGGACCUAAAGUACAACCAUCCAAAGACGUUUUCCCAGCUGGGGAAAAACGUACAACUGGUGGGCUGUCCCUGUCUUCAAGUUGGCAACAGUCCACCAUCAUUGAAGCAAUUAAUCGACAGGCAGCUAACAAAAAGGACAACGCAAAGUGGUGCAUGCUCACAGACAGCAUAGUUUGUUUAAUUGGUAACGAGAUGCUCCCAUUUAAUAUUGUUGAAAAGCCGGCAUUUUCAAAACUGUUGCAAACAUUUGACAGACGAUACAAAAUCCCCGGGAAAACAUACAUAUCACAAACGGCGAUGCCACAACUGUCCAGCAGUAUUAAAGAGGACAUACUGAAGGAGAUAAAAGACAUUUCAUUUUACUUUGCUACGUCGGAUAUGUGGUCAGAUAUGACCCCUUAUCUGAGCUUGACCAUUCACUAUAUAGCUGCUGACUGGACCCUGCACUCUAAAUGUUUAGAGACCAGAUAUUUCCCAGAUAACCAUACUGCUGACACCCUGGGAAAAAACCUGAAAUCUGCUUUAGCAGACUGGGGACUGGAUGAGCACAAACUGGUCUGCAUCACAACAGGCAGCGGCGCUAACAUGGUCGCUGCAAUAGGAAAUCCUGGCUCAGCUGCUGAGGCCUCAACCUCCACCUUGCUGUUUGGUGGUCUGGACAGUGACAAAGAACGGACAGCACGUCCCAUUGGACUCGGUAGACGUUUGGUCAAGACUUUCAACCUGAGCUUCCUUACAAAGAGAGACCUGAAGAAGGCACAGAAUGAAGCUAAUGUCCUCCAGCAAAAUCUCAUUCUGGAUGUUGUCAGCCGAUGGGGCCCUAAGCAGAAGAUGGUGUUGGAGCAACUCCCAGCUAUUAGACGAGUCCUGGCUCAAGACAGAAAGCACGGCCAUCUCAACCCAACCUGGCAGGAUGUUUUGGUGUUGGACUCCAUCAACGCAGCAAUGAAACCACUGGCUGACUUACAGAUGUCCUCUCAGGGGAAACAUACGUCUGUUAAGCCUGUGCUGGACCUGAUUAAAGGUGACCAUCUCUCUCCUGGCCAUGAUGGCAGCACCCUGACUGCCAGUAUUACACAAAACAUAUCCAAGACACUGACUGAAAAAUACAGCUCACCUGCCAUCCAAGCCCUCCUGAGAAAGGCCACCAUCUUGGAUCUGAGGUACUGUGGCAGCAUGGAGGAGGCAGUGGCAUUGGAUGACAUCAAGCAUCAGCUGGUUCAAGAGCUACUGGACUUAAAAGGGUCAGAAGUAAGUGAAGAAGGUGAGGGCUGCAGCAAAGCUGCUGGAGGAAACAAAGAUGACUCUACCGCUGCCCCCCCACCAAGAAGAAGAGGCUAAUUUACUUUCUUCAAAACAGAAGAGCUCAACUCAGAGGUCAGACCCAGGCUACAUAUCCAAAAAGACAGCAGGCUGAUGCAGAACUGACCAAGUUCCUUCAAGAAAAUGCUGUUGAUGCCUCUUGUGAUCUCUUGACAUGGUGGCAUGACAACCAAAGAAGAUAUCCUUUGAUGGCAAACUUGGCUCAAAAAUACAUGUGUGUUUGUGCAACGAGGACCAGUUCAGAGAAAAUGUUUAGUACAGCUGGAAACAUUGCUCCUUCUGAGAGAUCCUGCCUUAAGCCACAACAAAUAUUCAAUAUGUUGGUAUUUGUUGCUCAGAAUCUGUCUGACUAAAGCAGCUACAGAUCUGCUUAUAGAGGCACCUGCUCUUAUUUAGUGUGCUUUUGUUACUUUGCACUUUUUGUUUAUAAAAAUGGCAUUUUUGCCCAUCUUCUCUAUAUAAAUCUAAUGAUAUACAGACUUUAUAAUCUGUACUCUUGGAUGAAUGUAGUUUUUAUUUCCACUUUGGUUUUAUGUUGUGUUCAGUUUUUAUUCAAGCGCAUUUUUUGUUAACAGAGACUGAGAGUCCAUUUUAGGUCGUUUUGUUAAUUUUGUUGACCAGUUCCAGUGUUACGUGUUUUUUGAAAAUAAAGUGUAUUUAUCUUUGGUAGGAUGUACCGGUACUUGUAUUAUUAAGGCAUUAAAAUUACAUCGGAUCGAUAUCAGCCAAUACUAAACCUCACAUAUUUGUAUUAAAAUUGGAAAAAGUGGAUCGUGUUAUUCACAACAAAGUCACCUUUGACCUGCCAGUGACCCAUGUGACUUUAUAGUCACAUGACACCCAGCAUUCGAUCCCUUUUGUUCUCACGCGAAGGUGUGCCGAGUACAGGAGUGGUUGUGCAAAGCUAGUAGCUUUUGUAUUUAACGCAGUUUUCUUCUUGUGCUUGCAGCCUAGUUUAUGGUGAGUCUUGUCUUCCAGGAGCUGCACAAGCUACUUUCAGUUUCCACCAGAUAAGUGGUUGUUGCUCUGAUGAGUGCUAGGUUUUGUUUUUCUUUUUUCUACGGCAGCAGUUUAUUGUUCACUUUGAUUUGCACAUACCAUAUUUGUGGCUUUUUUGACUCACCUCUGGCAUUUUCUGCUCGCGCUCGAGUCCUUUAAUUUGCCUCUAUGGAGAUGGUGCUUAUUGUGGUGAUGAUAUGAUGAUGUAUAAUUUAUGAUGCUCCACCUAUCUGGCUUCACUCCAGCCUGAUGACGAGCGUGACUCGUCUCCCUCGUGUGCAUCUCACUGUCAGACAACGCGUGCCCCAACUGUAGAGUCGUGCUAGGUCAGGCUAAAUCAGCUGACUGCGCUGAAGCAGCCUACCGACUGGGCGGGAUCUGCACAGCAAGACCUGUUGCCACCGGGACAGAUGGCGUGCCCAAUGCAGCCGACUGUGGAGGCACCUUUGAUGGACCGAUACGGGGAGGUUGUCCACAAAGGUGGAUCACUGCACUACUGAACCCUAUAGCACUUCCUUCUGAGCAGGACGGAGCAUCGGUCGACAGUAAUGAUGCUAUUUCAGUGGCAACCUUGGGUACCCAGUUCCUCGAUUACCUUCUGGAGCUCAGCUCCAGGGUCUCCGGUUUCUCCCUCAGAGGAGUAUAUAUGGGAACUGCAUGCCUGGCGGCUAUGCAGGAGGCAUACAGGUUUGGCUUGGGGCAAAUGCCAGUUGUGGAACCAGAGAUUGCCAAAAACCUGCUCCCAUUCAGGGGUCCAGACAUCGUACUGCUUUUGUGUGGCACAGUUUGGCUUGCGCCCUCCCAGGCAUUCAAGAGGCAAGUUGGCCCGCAGGUAAUGUUUAAAGUCAUCAGUGAGUUAUUUUACCCCAGGACAGGUUGGUAGCUGGGCUCUCCACACCCAGACAUGUUGGCACUGUACACUCUGUCCCAC